GCGUUUUCCAGUACUCUGAGUACACAAGGAAGUGCCCUCUGGUUAUGGCACUUGCUGCUCUUCGUCAGCUGCCACCUAACUGACAGUUCCCGCACUCCUGCUGCCCCAAUGCCAGACAUGAUUCCCUUCACCGUGAAUAUUAAGCUGUCGACUAGGACACUCACCGGGGCGCUCACACAGCAGAACAAGGGGGCGCUGGACUGGGGCUGUCAAGGUCUAAUUGCGUAUGGCUGUCACUCACUGGUCCUUGUGGUAGACCCCAGCACUGCACAGACACUUCAAGUUUUAGAAAAGCACAAAGUGGAUGUGGUCAAGGUUAAAUGGGCCAGGGAAAACUAUCACCACAAUCUGGGCUCUCCCUAUGCCCUGCGUUUGGCAUCUGCUGAUACCAGCGGGAAAAUAGUGGUCUGGGAUGUUACUUCUGGCACAACACGAUGCGAAAUACAGGAGCACUCUAAACCCAUUCAUGACAUGCAGUGGUUAUGGAGCCAGGAUGCAUCCCGCGAUCUGCUGCUGGCUGUGCAUCCUCCCAAUCUCAUUGUGCUAUGGAACGCGGACACUGGGACCAAACUUUGGAAGAAGAGCUACGCAGAGAACAUCCUGACCUUCUCCUUCAACCCUUUCCAACCUUCCCAACUUGCCUUGCUGACCAGUGAGGGCAUCGUGUUUGUCUCUGACUUUUCUCCGUCUAAGCCUCCAACCAGCAGCGGAAGGAAAGUCUAUAUCUCCAGCCCUCACGCCAGCCCCGCACAUGCCAAACCUGUGACUGCUACAGGUGCCAAGAAAGCAUUAAACAAGGUUAAGAUUCUCAUUACCAAUGAGAAGCCCAGUGCUGAGGCCGUAACACUGAACGAGUGCCUGCAACUGUCUUACUUGCCUUCCAAACGCAACCACAUGCUGCUGCUGUAUCCCAGGGAAAUCCUCAUCUUGGAUCUAGAGGUGAACCAGACUGUGGGCGUUGUAGCUAUUGAGAGGACCGGAGUCCCUUUCCUGCAGGUGAGCCCGUGCUUCCAGAGGGACGUCCUCUUCUGCCUGCAUGAAAAUGGCUGUAUUACCCUGCGUGUGGGUAGACAAAGCUGCGGAAGCUCAGGAGCGCCACAUGAUGACGCAGAAUCGGAUUCAGUGCCAGAGAUGACUUAUGAUCUGCGCUGCCAGUGUGACGCCAUCCGGGUAACUAAGACGGUUCGUCCUUACAGUGUAACCUGCAACCCUAUUAACGAGAAUGCUGUAGCACUUAUCAUCAGUGAUGGUCGGCUCAUGAUAUGGGAGCUGAAGUCCAUCAUGCCCGGGAGGAAGAUACACAGUGCCAGCAAUUCAAAUGCUUGUGCGUUAUAUGCCCCCCUCUCUUUCUGUGGGAAACCAGUAGGACUAAUUCCAAGAAAACGUCUUGAUCUCUCGCUGGACAGUAUGAUCGCUGGGCAGAACCUGUUGUCUGGUGACCCUACACAUUCUGGAAGUUCUCCUCAAGAAGUGCACCUCAAAUUCUUGCUAACUGGCCUCCUUUCUGGGCUGCCUCAGCCUCCAUUUGUGGCAAGAAUGUGUCCUCCUCUUACUACCAAGAACAUUACUCAGUACAAGCCCCUUCUCGCUGUAGGUACCAGCAAUGGCUCGGUCUUUGUGUAUAAUCUGACCAGCGGGCUGCUGCACAAAGAGUUAAACAUCCAUUCCUGCGAGGUCAGAGGCAUAGAAUGGACCAGUCUUUCAAGCUUCUUGUCUUUUGCCACCUCGACUCCAAACAAUCUUGGCCUGGUGAGAAAUGAGCUGCAGCUGGUAGACCUUCCUACAGGUAGAAAUAUGGCAUUCAGAGGAGAGAGAGGUAAUGAUGAACAGCCCAUGGAGAUGAUUAAAGUGUCUAAUCUGAAGCAGUACCUAGUUGUGGUGUUUAAAGACAAGCCCAUGGAAUUGUGGGAUAUCAGGACUUGUACCCUGCUGCGUGAAAUGUCCAAGAUGUUUCCUACUGUGACAGCCUUGGAGUGGUCCCCGUCUCACAAUCUGAAGAGUCUCCGGAAGAAGCAGAUGGCAGCUCGCGAGGCAAUGGCACGUCAGACAGUCUCCUCAGACACUGAUCUGAGCAUCGUCGAGUCGUCAGUCAUCAGUCUGUUACAGGAGGCGGAGAGCAAGUCGGAGAUGAGCCAGAAUAUAUCUGCACGGGAACACUUUGUGUUCACAGACACAGAUGGGCAGGUUUAUCACCUGACUGUGGAGGGGAACAGUGUGAAAGACAGCGCCAGGAUCCCCCCAGAUGGCAGUAUGGGCAGCAUUUCCUGCAUUGCCUGGAAGGGAGACAUCCUGGUCCUGGGAGACGUAGAUGGCAAUCUAAACUUCUGGGAUUUAAAAGGCCGUGUUUCAAGGGGGGUCCCUACACACAGGAACUGGGUGCGAAAAAUUCGUUUUGCACCAGGGAAAGGCAAUCAGAAACUAAUCGUGUUGUAUAAUGACGGGGCAGAAGUUUGGGAUACCAAAGAUAUUCAGAUGGUGAGCAGCAUGCGUACUGGGAGGAAUGUGAAUUACCGUGUGCUGGACGUUGACUGGUGCUCCUCAGACAAGGUCAUCCUGGCUUGCGAUGAUGGCUGUAUUAGAGUCCUGGAGGUGUCCAUGAAAUCUGCUUGCUUUAGGAUGGAUGAGCAAGAGCUGAUAGAUCCAGUCUGGUGUCCGUACCUGCUGCUCCCAAGGGCAUCCAUGGUCCUUAAAGCUUUCUUGCUUCACCAACCAUGGGGGGAGAAACAUUCCUUAGACAUUACGGAUGUUGAUUAUCCGGAACAUGACGACUUAAAGAACCUGAUUCAGCAGCAGAUCAACUCCUUGACCAAUGAUGUGAAGGAUCUUCUUCUGGACCCAGAAUUCACUCUCCUGCAGAGAUGCCUACUGGUGGCAAGGUUAUACGGCGAUGAGUCUGAGCUGCAUUUUUGGACUGUGGCCUCUCACUACCUGCAGGUGUUCCAGAGUGAGAACCCUCAUACUAGUAUUACAGCCAGCCCCUUGGACAUCUGUUAUGACCUGCUCUGUGAGAACGCCUACUUCCAGAAAUUCCAGCUGGACAGAAUUUGUCUACAAGAGGUAAAACGCUCAAGCUAUGACCACACCAGGAAAUGUGCGGACCAGCUUCUCCUCCUAGGGCAGACAGACCGAGCGGUACAGCUACUUCUAGAGACCAGCGCUGACAACCCACAGUAUUACUGUGAUUCCUUGAAGGCCUGUUUGGUGACCACAGUCACUUCCUCUGGACCCUCUCAGAGCACCAUCAAAUUGGUGGCAACCAACAUGAUAGCCAAUGGAAAACUAGCAGAGGGGGUGCAGCUACUUUGCCUGAUAGACAAAGCUGGAGAUGCCUGCCGUUACCUGCAGACAUACAAUGAGUGGAACCACGCCGCCUGGCUUGCUAAGGUGCGACUGAACCCAGAGGAAUGCGCUGAGGUGAUGAAACGUUGGGUUGACCAUCUCUGUUCCCCACACGUCAACCAGAAAUACAAAGCAACGCUUGUUCUCCUGUCUCUGGGCUGCUUCAGGAAAGUGAUUGAGAUGUUGCACAGCAUGAGAUGUUUUGAUCGCGCUGCAUUGUUUUUGGAAGCCUGCCUGCAGUGCUCAGCAAUUGAAAUGAGCGAUGAGACCAAUAAACUGAUCUGUACAGUCUUUGCAGACUAUGCACGUAGCCUGCGGGCUAUAGGAUUCACCCAAGGAGCUCUACGAUUUGGCCGAAAGGGAGGAGAUGCCGGUACAGAGUUAUUGUCUGAGCUUGAAAGCCAUAAGGCAGAGAAAGAGAACUAAAUGUGCCGUGCACAGCCUCUGCUAAAGGAACAUAAUACUAUUUGCACUGGUAAAUGAAGAACAUGAUGUGGUCCGUGACAGAAGACCGUGUGGAAUGAUGGCUCCAACAGCAUGUUGUGUUUAAUACAUUUCUACUACUCGUGUCCCUCCCACAUUGGACAUGCAGCUUCUUAUGAUAUCUGUAGAGAUGACCAAGGACCUAACACUGCAAUGACCAACGUUCCAAUAUCACAUGAUUCCCAGCUAGAGCUGACAUAGUUUAAGGUAGAGGCAGAUGGACAUUCAGGGCUUCUGUCAAUUUCUCCAUGCUGUUUUGUGCUGCUGUGUCCUGCUACGGAGUUAUAACCACCGAGCUAUUCUGUACAUAUGUCAGUAUAUUGGGCUAGGAACUGUACAAGGAUUACAAAACCAGUAUUUAGAAUGUAUCCUGUUACCAUUUCAUUUGAUCCCUGCACCGUGUCUUCUCCAUCUUUUAAUGAGUAUAUAACCGGUCCUGGUGCACACCUCAUUGGUGACACAUGAACUGGAAAGACUAAACUUUGUAAUGAUGAAAACCACGGGGUCACCAGUUGGUGUCCUCUCUCCUCACGCACAUUACUCAAUGGCAAGUAACUGUUUUUGUACAGUUCUUUUUCACUUAGAGUAACAGGGGAACAUUAAUUUAAACAUGCAGCAGCUAAUUGUAUGUAUAAAUAAACCAGGUUCUUCUCUAAAUAGACAGGGCAUUAUUAUAAUGACUGCAGUGGAGUUGCCUGGAGGUGAGGUUAGAGAGAAGAUGGAAUGCACAAGAAUGACUGUCUAUAAGCACACCACGCAGGGUAGGAAUCUUUUUAAUGGCUGUUUAGUGUGUCCACAGAGGUUCCCCAAGAAAAGAUUAUCAGAGUUGUAAUGCUGGUGCAAUCUUCCCUAUGUGGUAGUAUUAAGCAAAGGACCACUGGUUUUGUACGUCUGCUCACUAGAGUAGCUGUUCUUUCUGCUGACAAUCUACUACAGAUCAUUCCUUAAGUAAUAACAAUAUGCAGUGGGAUUACAGUCAGGUAACAUUGAUAAUGGAUGUGGCUGUUUUGCCAGUGACAUGUUUAGUUUUCAUAGCAAACACAAACCUGCAAUAUUUUUGUGUCUGCUGUGGAUGGAACUUCUGUCCCACGACUAAGAGAACCUCUGUAACGUAGCUUGCAUACCUGUAUUGGGGUCAUGGGGGUGAGUUACUAUCACUGUGCCGCAAGUCUAUUAUGCAUUAUUAAUGUUACCAAUGGGCUCUGUCCAGUAACAUCAUACUGAUGAAAACAAAUGUCUGUAAAUCUGGACUUACCUUGCCCCUAUAGCGUUGCUCUGGAUCUAUACAGCUAUGUGUGCACUUACAAUAACGGGUUAUUUUGUUUCAUAUCAUAUCGUUUGUGUUUCCAAUGAAUGCUGAAGUGAUGAUCACUAAUUACUGUGCAUAGUUACUUCCAAAAUUGCAUCUGUUAAUCUGUAACUACUAAAUUGUCUCAUAUCUAUAUUGUGGAAUUCAGUUUGUAUUUUUGUUUUGGUGAGUCUAUAGUAUUUCUGAAAAUGUUUUAUCUGAGUUAAUAUAUCUUUUAUGAUACUUUGAGCCUUGUUUGCGUAUGGAUGCUUUAAGCAUGGUAAAUCAUUUACAAGGGGUUCUCCACCUUCAGAGAACCCCUCACCCUAAUUAGUGCCUCCUAUUAUAGAAUCAGAUGGAGGCCAUUCGAUUGGUGCCCACACUAUACCAUAAAUGAGAGUGAUGGUGACGGCAUGUUUUUCAAAUGAUGUGUUACUGGAAACUAUGGAAACUCAUUAGUGUUCCUGGAAUGCUGACCAUGGCUUGUGGGGGACACCGGACUGGUUUGUUUAUUUUUUUAUAUCCUUUCUAAAACUCUUUGAUCCUCCUAAAUAUUAAUUUUAAUAAAAAAUAAAAUAAAACUGCCACUGAGAAAAUAAUAAGGAAAGAGAUGCAAAAUGAUGUGUUUUUCACACUCCUACGUUAUUAGCACAUUUUGGCAUGCAUUUUAUGUGCUUUAAUACAAAUGCUGCGUUUUAUGCUCAUUGGGGGACCGUCCUUUUAUUUCAAUACUUUAACCACUAAUGCAGCAAAUGUUUUGACAUCUCAGUCCUUUGGAAAAAAAAUUCUAAUUUUAAAUAAAAUCGCUUAUAUAAACUACUCUAUAGAAAGUAAUGAUUUAAUGAUUAAAACUAGCAUAUGAUUAACAAGAAUUGUUGCAAAUUGUAAAUGCAUGCAAAGCGGUACAAAUGGAGAAGAACUACAGAACACUAUUCUUGUUUGGACCACCAUUAAGGACUUGACGCAUUCCAUGACUGAUCUUUGAUUUUGGUUUAAGUUGAUGUAUUAAAGACCUGAAAUACUGAAGUUA